UCUUACUCUUUAUGUAGCGAGCCCGAGAAUUGAUGAGCACACUCGCAUGGAUUGAGAGUGGUAUUUGCUCAAUCACAAGUCUUAUUCCAAUUCCUACUACCAAAGAGAUAUGCUUGUACACAAGCCAACGGCUCUUUUGGCCAGCAAAACCCUUUUACUCCCAACCAAACUUUACUACCUAAAAAACCCAUUAAAAUACCUACUGCAAUUUAUAAUACCUUUUCCUUUGCUUUGCUUGUAAAUACUCCCUCCUCCCUCCCUCCUUCUCUCUCUAGCCGUUGCUUCGCCUAUUCAACCGGAACUUGUCAAACACUUUCCCCCCAAUCAAAACCCUUCACGAUCAUAACAACCUCACCAAUCCCCGUAAUUUUCCUUACCUUGAAAGCCCCACUUCCACAUUUAUAUAACCUGUUCCAUUGUCCUAGCCAUAGCACAGCACGCACGGUAAGAGUCAUUAGCGUAAUAUUUUAUCUUCUAACUUUAGUUAGUUUCAUGGAUUGCUUGGUCUUGCCUGUCUCCUUGUUGCGAAGGCGCAGCACGACAUCAGGCCUACGCUACCGGCCUCUGAGGCAGGAUGGAUAUGGCGAUUUGGACCGACAAGUGACGGUGGUGGUAGGGAAAGAGAAGAGGGAAUUUUUGGUUGACCCUUUCGUGUUAGAGGAGAGUCCAUUCCGGGCUUUGAUUGACACAAUGAAGAAGGAAUAUGGAAGUCAAGUUGAUGCGAGAAGGGAGAAGAGGAGGGUGAUUUUCGUGGACGUGGAUGCUAUCUUGUUCGAGCAUAUGCUUUGGUUGAUGAACAAUGAUUGCUCUUCUCUGUUUCAGCUCAACCUCGAGGAGAUAAUCGACUUCUAUGCUCAGGAUAAUUAGAGUGGAGAAGAGAGGUACAUUGGUUUAACCAAAAUGUGAGUUGAUUGACAUAUCCUCCUGUAAUCUAAACACUACAAGCACUCACAGAAACGGAAACAGUAUAACUAUUUCUCUCUUUAUUCAUCCUCCUCUUUCUCUUCUUUGCCUCCUUUCUUUUCUUUAAUUACCAGGAGAUUGACACUCCAUUUUAUACAAAUUAAUGCUGAUUCCUUUCAACUGGUUGUUACUAUUCCAUCGAUCCUUCUCCCAGGUUGUGAUGCAGCCCUGUUCAUGAGCUGUAUCUUGCGUUUUACAGUGAAAAACAAUAAACACGCUUAUCUUCUUUGGGGUGUCGAAGAA